GGAAGCUAUCGACUAAUCCAAACAUCGUCGACUUGAUCGAUUAAAAAGCGGCAUCUCUUUAUCACUGGCAUUCACGAAACAUGGCUGAUAAGCGAAAAAACAAAAAAUCGAAAGAAGAGAUUGCGCGGGAAUUCGACCUGCCCGAAAGAAAGUCGAAAAUCGCUACUAUAAUGAAACAGGAUGGCCAGGCAUACUGUAUAUGUCGUACCUCGGACUGCUCGCGUUUCAUGAUCGGCUGUGAUGGUUGUGAGGAGUGGUACCAUGGCGACUGCAUCAAUAUCACUGAGAAAGAGGCCAAACACAUUAGGCACUAUUACUGCCAACGCUGCAAAGAGGAAGAUCCCAGUUUGCAAACUGUGUUCCGUGUGGUGCCAGUCGAAAAGACUGCGGCGCCAAUUGGCGCUGCUGGUGUUAAUGACACGGAUAAACGGAAAAAAUUAAAGGACCAAGUACCACCGAACAUUAUUGGAUCUGCAGCAGUGGUUGGGAAUAAACAAAUGAUAAAUUACUGCGGUAACUGUGACGGCUGUCGGGCGCCAAGCUGUGGAAUAUGUGAGUCAUGUCGCGUACGUGGAAAUGGUCAGAAACCAAGAUGUGAAAUGCACGUAUGUCAGGCACCACCGAUGCAAGCAUCACAGCAACAACUAGUACAACCACAAAUACAACAAACAAAUCCACCUUCAACAUCCGCACAGACGGCCAGUCGUCAUAAACGUAAAGAAAAGCAACCAAAAGAGAGGAUGAGAAAACGGAAACGUUCGUUAAGCCCGGAAGUUUUCAUGAAUCCAGAAUUGGAGGGUAUACGACAAUGCUAUGGACCACGUUGUAAACAUAAUGCAAGGCCACAAUCAAAAUACUGUAGCCAUGAGUGCGGCAUUAAUUUGGCAACUAAUCGCAUUUUUCAAGUUCUGCCGCAACGUGUUCAAGAAUGGAAUCUAUCUAGCUGCCGUGCAGAAGAAGAGAACAAAAAGCAAUUAGAUCAAAUACGUUCUAAACAAGCUGUGGUACGUUUUGCGUUGGCGGAACUGGACAAACGCCAUAUGGAGUUGGAUAUGAUUGUAGAACGUGCCAAACAUAGCACGCUGGAUCAGAAUCGCUCACAAGAUAAUAAUGACAUCGAAGAUGAGCAAUCGAUGUACUGUAUCACAUGUGGCCAUGAGAUCCAUUCACGAACAGCGAUUAAACACAUGGAAAAAUGUUUUAAUAAAUACGAAUCGCAAGCCUCUUUCGGCAGCAUUUUCAAGACACGUAUCGAAGGCAAUUCAAUGUUUUGCGAUUUUUAUAAUCCGGCUAGUAAAACAUACUGUAAACGUUUGCGCGUGCUUUGUCCCGAGCAUUGUAAGGAUCCGAAAAUAAGUGACAAUGAUGUAUGCGGUUGCCCGUUGGUGGCAAAUGUCUUCAAGCCAACUGGAGAGUUUUGUCGCGCACCAAAAAAGAGCUGUUUCAAGCACUACGUUUGGGAGAAGAUACGACGCGCCGAAAUUGACUUGGAGCGUGUACGUCAGUGGCUGAAAAUGGAUGAGCUGCUUGAACAGGAAAGGCACAUACGCCAUCUUAUGGCCUCACGCGCGGGCGUAUUAGGCCUUAUGCUGCAUUCCACCUAUAAUCACGAAGUAAUGGAGGAACUUUGUCGGCAGCAAUACUUCAGUAAUGCAGCUUCAACAUCAGGGGACAUGGUAAUUAAUAGUUAAGUUUAUUUAUAAAAAGAGAGCGAAAAUAAUGAAAAUAUUAUGCAAGAGUAUUUUAAUCGUAUAGCUGUAA